GUGGCCCAGACUGGAAUUUGUCAACUUUCUCUCCAUAUAUAGGCAGGAGCUACCAAGCGGGCGGAGCAACUAGCCCAUCAAAAGAGCGUUGACAUUUCAUCCCCAUUCGCAUUUCUCCUGGAAGGAAACUGCGCGCAGUUCGAGUGAAGAGUUACAAGAGUUUUCAAACAGCAACAUGUCACACUCCAGCAAGCAGUUUAACAGCGGGCCCUCGUACGGGCUGACAGCAGAAGUGAAAAACAAGAUCGCUCAGAAAUAUGAUCACCAGAAGGAGGGCGAGCUCCGAGUUUGGAUUGAGGGGAUCACCGGGAAGCAGAUCGGGAACGACUUUCAGAAAGGCCUGAAGGACGGAGUCAUCCUUUGCGAGCUCAUUAACAAAAUCAAACCAAACUCUGUAAAGAAAAUCAACAUGUCCGCUUUAAACUGGCAUAAGCUGGAAAAUGUGUCCAAUUUUAUCAAAGCAAUGCAGAAUUACGGCAUCAAACCACACGACACGUUUGAGGCAAAUGAUCUUUUUGAGAAUGGGAAUAUGACCCAGGUACAGACAGCACUACUGGCCCUGGCAGGCAUGACCAAAACCAAAGGCAUGCAGGCUGGAGUUGACAUUGGUGUCAAGUAUGCCGACAAGCAGGCACGGUCGUUCGAUCAAGAGGUCCUGAAUGCAGGGCAUUGCGUUAUUGGACUUCAGAUGGGAACCAAUAAAUGUGCCAGCCAGCGUGGCAUGAGUGCCUAUGGAACCAGGCGGCAUCUCUAUGACCCAAGGACACAAAUCCCCACCUCAAUGGACCAGUCGACGAUCAGUUUACAGAUGGGGACCAACAAGGGAGCGAGCCAGGCUGGGAUGACAGCACCGGGCACCCGCAGACCCAUUUACGACAAGAAGCUGGGCAACGAGCAGUGCGACAACAGUACGGCCUCGCUGCAGAUGGGGAGCAACCAAGGAGCCACCCAGAGUGGCACCAACUUCGGCCUGGGUCGGCAGAUCUACGAUCCCAAGUAUUGCACCAAGACUGAGCAAGGACAGAACGGGGGCCACACCGAUUACAAUCCAGAGUACGUGCCAGAGCACCCAGGCCAGCAAUACUGACCCCGGCACCCCAUCGCGGACACUGCAGAGUAACAGCUGGAGUUUAUGUGGCCAUGUCCCAACUUUCCCCUCUGUCGCAGCGAAUGUCUCUGCAACAUUUCAAGUAUGU